GAGGUCGCCUCUGGCUAGGAUGGCCCCCUCGGGUCCCACCGGCGCCCAGCCCAGCCCGGCGGAGCCACUGUCGCGCAGCAUCUUCAGGAAGUUCUUGCUGAUGCUCUGCUCGCUACUCACUUCCCUCUACGUCUUCUACUGCCUGGCGGAGCGCUGCCCACCCGGCUCGGGCCCCGUCGCGGGGGUCCCGGGGCGCGGCGUCCCUGCAGGACCCAGGGAACUGGCGAUGUGGCCCGCGGGAGCGCCAAGGAAGCGCCUCCUGCAGCUGAGGCAACGGAGGAGGCGCGGGCGGUCGGGGCCAGGAGACAGCAGCGACCAGGAGGAGCAGAGCCCUGGGCUGGCCGCCGCACCAGGAGGCUCCGGGGCGGGAAGCAGCGUGGCCGAGGCCCAGCCGGGGACCCUGGCCUUACUUCUGGACGAGGGCAGCAAGCAGCUGCCGCAGGCCAUCAUCAUCGGCGUGAAGAAGGGCGGCACGCGGGCGCUGCUGGAGUUCCUGCGCGUGCACCCCGACGUGCGUGCCGUGGGUGCUGAGCCCCACUUUUUUGACCGCAGCUACCACAAGGGCCUCGCCUGGUACCGCAUAAAAAAGCAAGAACUGAGUUUCGGAGUUAUUGGCCUAAGCAGAACACAGCCAGCCAUUCAGAUCAGACACUGGAGUACCACGGUGGGAAGAUAUCAAGUAACCAAGCCCACACUUGUUCCAUUACUGUGCAUCCUGACUAUGGCUGGAUUUCUCAACGGCAGUGAGAACAUUCGAAUAUUAGAAAACACCAAACUUCCUGGGCUGAGAAGAAAGUUUCAAGAAAGCUGGCUUUUUCUCUAAACAAACAAAUGACAAAACAAAUGAAGUCUAAGGAGUGAAAUCUGUAGGGCUGGGCUGUGUUUCCAUGCAUCCUGGGUGUGUGAGACUCUACUCAGGAAGUGAAGUGAGGAAACCACAAGUAAGAAAGCAUCCCAUGAACUUACCUCAGGACCACUGAUACCCUUGGUGUCUUUGGUCGUAGAAAAUCUCAAGCCCUGUUCUAGGUGAUUUUCACAACUUGAUUCUCAGGACACUUCCCAUGCUGGCCCACCAUGAUCUAGGAUGAAGACGAUUACUGUACAGUAAGGAACAGAGUUCAGUCAUGUCAGGAACGAAACUCAUCCUGAAGGCAACCUGUGGACCCAGCAGGUCUGAGCAGACCCCAGACACCACAGAACACUCACAGAAUAAGAUACACUCAUGCCUGCUUCACACCAUCGGACAAAUGAAAUGCCUGAUCAUAAUGCAAAAAUAAGAGGACAGCAUAAAUCGGAUUGGGAAAACAACCAAAUCAAAUGUGAAAUAAAAGUUACAGGACAUCGGCGAUGGAGAGACCCCUCAGUGUUUCAGAUCACCUGGAUCCCAUGUGUGCAUGCACAGGCAUGCACACACCUAGGUCCAAGGCAUCUGUAAUAAGUCUCCAGUGGCUGGAAUGUGAAGAUCGUUUGGUAAACAGACCUCUGGUAAGCAGCUACCCCUUGCCAUGCUGAGAGGAAGAGUGGAUUGGGAAGAGCCGAGACGAUGAACAAGGAGCCUGGAGGUUGUAAGUAGGCAGAGACUACAAGACUCAUAAAAAUGUAAAACAUUUGUCAAUCAAUAACAAUCUUUUAUUAGUAGUAAAAUUAAAAUAAGGAAAGGAGAGGUAGUGCUCAGUGUUGAGACCUUGAAUCUUCAUUGACCGGGAGACUGCAACGUAAGCAUGAGAUCUUAAGUUUAUUACUAUGCAAAAGAAGUUUUAUAUAAGGACCAAAAGAAAAAGAAAUCAUCUAAAUGGGCGGGAAUAACACAAGCUGGGAAUGUUGAUCACUCUAGUAGAGGAAGCAAAGAGACAAAACUGUGGGUAGAAAGCAUUAAACAAAAUAUUAAUAAGUCAUGAUUCAUGUUGUAAGAAAUCAAAACAAUAAAUACAUUCAGAUGAAAUGGUAAAGAUUCCUCAGCUUGGAGAACCAUCUCGGAAAGAUAAGCUGUUGUCCAAAAGAUCCUGAAGAGUUUGAGAGCCUGCCUUCCAACAUCUUCUAGAUAUUUCAAUUCUUGUGUCUUCCAUAACAGGCGUCUUAUACUAUUUUUAAUGAUUGUUUUAACUUAUGUAUAAGUGUGAGUAUAUAUGUCACAUACAUACAGGACCCCGAAGAGGCCAGAAGAAUGCAUUAAAUCCCUCAGGACCUGGAGCUACAGCAGGUUGUGAGGCACGAUGUAGGUUUCGGGAACCAGACACCAGUCCUCCAGAAAAGCAGCUGUAUUUGUAUCUCUGGGCCCCUCUCUCUAGCUCCUUUUAAAACAUUUUAGGCUGCUGCUGACCCAUUGAGCCUGAGCAAUUAGUAUGCAAUCUUACAUCUAUUAAAUCAGCAUGCAGAUGAAAUGGUAACUGAUAAUAAAUUAUAAAGAACUGUGUUUUAAACAAGUCUCCUUUGAUGAAAACAUAAUUUUACCAUUUAUUAAAGAUGAAAGCAAAGUUAACUUUUAAUGAGGUGGAUGCGUAUGCUUGUUUUAGAUAAAGAGUUGCAUCUUGGCUGAAUACUUGAUGCUGCAAGGUGUACAGCGUCUUCGCUGUUUUUCAUAGAUGAUUUUGGUAUUCUUACAUUAUGACAGUCAGUGGUGAGAGAAAGCUGCUUCAUAGAAAAGCAUAUAAAAACCACCAGAAAUAGAUCUACUGCCAUAUCAAAAAUUGUUGAAAUUCUGUUCACUAUAAGCCAAAAUUCAUUGAACAAUUUUAUUUUAUGAAGUUCAAGACAACAAUUCAGACUGUAGUCUUCAUAAUCAAACACUUUGACAUGGAACAUCCCAAAGGUAUGCUAAUUUAAUACCUACAUGCUAAGGCUUAAUGGUAGGAAACUAUUAAAUGCCUGCUUUCUAUGAUUAAUUUGCUAUGUUUCUGUAAUAUCAGAAACUUUCUGGUGUAGCAAAAACACCACAAUUCAAAGUGAACAGUAGCCUUGAAUCUAAGCCCUGGUGUUUGAGGCAGUGUUCAUUGGUGUAGUAUGGUAUGGGACAUGCACAGUUUGUGAGCAUGCUGUGUGAUCCAAACCAAAGCUUCAGUGAGGUUGUGUGGCUCAGUACAGGCCGGUGCUCCCCCAACCAGCUUGAAUCCAUUGCGUGUGAAUCGAUGUUGGACCCUGUGUGUCAAACAUUGCUCUAAUGAACGUUUUGUGAACCGCCAUUAUCAUUUACCAGACCCCAUAUGAGGCUGUGACCCAUAGUUUAAGGUGCUUGUGGGGUGUAUGUAACUGUGAAGAGGUGGAACGGAGCUACAUAUCUAAAGUUGGCAUUAGCCACAGCAUGAGGCGCUGCUCUGGGGGGAUGAAUGAAACGUAGGGAGACAAGAUGUUCAAAGUCAUGCAGACUCAUCUUCAGGAAAAGCUCUUCAGAUUUUCAGUGUAGGCAUGCAUCCAAGUGCUUUCUUGCACAUCAGUAAUUUGGUUCAUGCAUUGAGCCAUAAUCAAUAGUAAAAAUGAUGUACCUGGCACCAAUACUCAUAGGUGCUGUUCUGUGAUAUUCAAGCUAUGUGCUUACUGCUGCUUGAUAAUAUCUUAUAAAUGUAGUGUGUAGGAGGUUGUGCCAGGAGGGUCUCUGGAGGUCAACACAGUAACAUAGUGGGAGAGUUAGAGCGGGAGGAGAGAGGGAGGGAAGAAAGAGAGAGACAGUGAAAGAGAGACAGAGAGACAAAGAUAGAGUGACAGAGACAGAGAGAGACGGAGCUGGAGAAAUAAGAAAAAGAACAGCCAUGUUCCUUAAGGCACAUAUCCAGUAGUAGGAAGGAGGAGGGGACGCCUUUCAGUCCCAUCCUGGGGCUCUGUGACCCUAGGGCAGGUUUUAGUGCUUUGCUGGGUUUUUCUGUCCUCUGGAUUCUAUCGAUUUAGUGAUCCUUAGAACCAAUGAGUGUCAAAAUGAAAGAACCAGCCAGACUUCCUUUGAACUGUAUCUAGAUGUAUGCUUGUGUCAUCACUGCACAGUGGUGCACAGUGCCUGGAUACUGCCGCAUUUUCUCAGUUUACCUGUAUUCCUAACCCCAGUUUUUCUAAGAGAAAUAACUCUGCCUCCCCUAAUCCCAGAUAAUGAGGACCUGUGUGAGUGUGCGAUGGUUUCUGUGGGAUAAAAUCGGUACCAACCCACACGACUACCCUUCCUGAAAGGGCAAAAAGCUAGCCUCCCAUUGAAGGCUCCAGUUCCUGCUCUAAUCCCUCCACUUCCCUUAGACUCCAACCUCAGUGUCCUUCGGCACCAGGCCAACCUGAAAGACAGUUGUUCACUCUAUCCUGGGGAUUUGGUGCUGUUGGGAAAACUUACUUCCUUCUGUCUCACAGGGAGGGAGGUGUCUGUGAAUCCAUGAAGAAACCAAUAGGGGCUUCAGGUGCCAUCGGUAUUAUGCAGGACAGUAGGCAUAUAUUUUCCCACUAUGUAUGACAUCCCUGGGAAUCUGUGGCAUCUUGAUCAGGGUCCCAUUAGGUCCCCUUAAAUUCCUUCAUCUCAAGAGUGAGAGAAGCCUGCAACUGGCUUUAUUCAUUUAAACACUGUGUGCACCUGGUAUGUGAGCCCCUAGUAAAGAGAAGCUGGGGCCUUCCAGGCGUAGGAAGUUAGGGGAAAAAAUCAUCCUUUUAUGAACUCAAAUACUGUGCUGUCAUAGGUAAAUAGAAGAUGGUUUAUGGCCACAGGGCACAUCGAUCAGCUUCAUAAAUGCAGACCUCUGGAGCUCAGCUGGGUGCCUAGAUAUUUGACUCUUUGGAUGGGGUUCUGCCCAGUGGAAAUGCUUGCCAGUGAUUUCCAUCAAUGUAGAAAAACAGAACUUACAGCUCAUAAAUCCUCUGCCUGGCCAGACCUGGGGAUUGGGGAUGGGCUGGGGGUGGUAGGACCUGGGGGGAGGGCCGAAGACGGAGCGUGGAGGAUGUUAAAGGAGCGCCAUUAGGAUAAUGUUUCCUCAGUUUCUGAAUCUGUCUUUCACUCUGGACAUUUUUAUAGGGUCAUUCAAAACCCAGGAUGUAAUGGUGAUCAGAGCCAGAAGGGAGGGGGCUGCAGUGUCAGGAAUUGGCUAGCAUUACAUCCCCGCCACUCUCUGUCCCUCCUGUGUGCCCUGGCAGCCAUGUUGGUGACAGGAUGUGAAAUGUUUGCUGAAUGGAUUGGCGUGUCUGUCUUCGGGGGACACGUUUGUCCCUGCCCUUCUUGGCUUGUCCUGGCCAUGGCUGUGUCUGUGUCUGACUCAUCUCUUGGCAUGAGUCAUUAGCUUAAAAACCCUCUCCCAGACUGCCCAAGCUGCCUUUGACUAGAGACAGAGCUGAAGUUACUGCCCAAACAUUCCUGCAAACAUGGGGUGGAAAUUGUGAUGGGAUGGGAGAAAGAAAUGGUGGAAUCCAAUCAGUUAUUUCUUCAGUUUUAGGGAUUUGAAAGGGUCUGAACAUCGAUCCUUGCUUGCAGCUUUGCUGUCUGGAAAAGACAUUUGCUGCAUGACCCUGUCUCCAGUCAGGGGCCAAGCUCCUUGGCCUAACAGGCACAUCUGCCUUCAGUGCCACCCAGUCCAAACAAACCAUAACCUCGUACUGCUGUGCAUAUAUCCUCUCCAAAACCCACCCAUACUGCUGUGCAUAUAUUCUCUUCAAAACCCACCCAUACUGCUGUGCAUAUAUCCUCUCCAAAACCCACCCAUACUGCUGUGCAUAUAUCCUCUCCAAAACCCACCCAUACUGCUGUGCAUAUAUUCUCUUCAAAACCCACCCAUACUGCUGUGCAUAUAUCCUCUCCAAAACCCACCCAUACUGCUGAGCAUAUAUCCUCUCCAAAACCCACCCAUACUGCUGUGCAUAUAUCCUCUCCAAAACCCACCCAUAUCUGGAAUGUUGGCACCAGUAAAAUGCACAACCCACCUCCCCUGCCUCCUCUCUCUCUCCACCCCCCCCUCUCUAAAAUCUCCCACUGGAAUUCCCUUGUAUUUCCAGCUUUGUGGGAUGUCGGAUGACCUAUAGCUAAAGCAUUGAGGGAUGGUCCAGGUUUGCUACAUCUCAGAAGGAAAGAUUAGCAGAGAGAAGGAUUUUCCUCAGAGGGAAAUCAAGUAGCAAAGGGCAAGACAAAAAAAAAAAAAAGAGUCUAGCAUUCU